UAAAAAGAUGUUCUCUUUGAUCUGAUAUUUUACACAUAAGCAACAAAAGAGUGUUAUAAUGAUGAAAAUACAAAUUUAAAACACAUUUGAAGAAGAUAAGUUGUGAAACAAUGUUUAUUUCGAAAACCAUUUUGAAAUUUCAAUUGAUGGCAUUUGAAACUGAGUAGUUUGGUUGAGGGUAGUUUUUUGUUGUUGUGCUAUUGACAUUACCUCUUAAUUGUACCAUGAGUCUUUGUUGCCUCCUUAAACAGGUGCAAAAUUCUUAGCAGUUGUAUUGAAAUGGAAUUAACACAGAUUACGCAGAGUUGAGCAUGCAGAAUAAAAAUAAUGUAAAUCGUAAAUCAUACACUGGAACCAAACAAUUUACAAUCUAUACUCCGCAGUUUAAUGAAAAUAAUGAACUUGUUAUAAUUAUUAUUUGCUGUACAUUUAGCCGCUUAAUAUUCGAUGAUUCUCUGCUUUGAUUCUCUUCGAUUGUAUUAAGUCAGCUGAAACUAAACUUUCCAAUCAAACGAAAUAUUAAAAUUUGUGGGAAAUAAAGCAUUACACACAAAAUUAUUCCAUAAUUAAGCAAAUACUGUUAAAAUAUAUUUAUUAAUCAUGUCUAGCUUAGGCUUAUGUUGGCUUUGUUUAAAAAGCUCCAUUGACUGCAGAAAAGUGUAUGAUCAACGAACACAUGAAGUAGUCACCCAAUUUUUCGAUCCUGAGGUUUUGGCCUCCACAGAAGAAAAUGGGGCAAAGUUGAUGUGCCAGCAAUGCUUGAAUCAAAUUUUUGAUUUCCACAAUUUUCGUCAGUCUGUUCUGCAAGCUCAUUCAAGUCUUUUGAAUGAUAUUGCUCGACAGAGCACACAGCGAGAAAUUCAUAAGGACAUUGUUGUUAAAAAAGAAAACGAAGAUAGUUGCGAUACAGACAAUGUACUCUAUUAUGAUGAGCCAUCAAUUUCUAUAAACAACAAUGAAGACAACUCUGCUGAAAUCUACUAUGAUGUUAUAGUUAAGGAGGAAUUUAAGUUCAACACAUCGCUUGAGGACCAAGAAUACAGCAAUAACAUUGUAUUCAAGAUUGACGAAGAGAAAUUCAAAUUAAUGAAUAAAUCCAAAGAAAGAUCAUUUGCAAACAAUGAAUCCAAUGGAGCGACAAGUCCUAUGCCCGAUACUGUCACAAUGCGGGAACUUGAAUUUGCUGAGAAAAUUAAAACACAUUUACUUUUAAAUGCAACUGAGGAUGAUUCCGUUUGCUCCAAUUAUGGCUCAGAUGAAGAAAAAAUGGAUUUGCUAGAAAUAAGAGAAACAAAAGGAUCUAUUAAAAGAAAGCGAGAGGAGGAGUUGGUCCUUAGACAACAUGCCACUAUAAGUAGCACUAUUGAACAACAACCCCAAAACCAGAGCACAUUCUAUGAAAACGCAGCGGAAAACGUCAAUUCUACUAAAAAUGACUUGUACCGAUCUAUGAGGAAACCUUCGGUAAAUCAACCACACCGAAAAUUAGCCAGACAGGAAAGUGAUAAUUUAAUAGCCCAAUGGUUGCCAAAUUUGGAAUGUGGUUUAUGUAAGGAUACGUACUCCAAAUACUCACUUAUACAUCAACACUUUCAACAGAGACAUCCCAAUGACUCUAGUUUUGUAGUUUGUUGUGAGCGUAAAUUCAAUCGACGUCAAAAAUUGCAGGAACAUAUUCGCUUGCAUAUCAACCCCAAGGCUUCAGAAUGUAACAUUUGUGGCAAAUCAUUUACAUCUGUUUAUAAUUUAAAACAUCAUUUAGCCAGAAUGCAUCAAAUGGUUAAAGAUCAGGAUGAUGUAACAAAAUGUCCAGACAAUAAGAUGGAAGCUGCAAAUUCUUUCACUACAACUUGUGAAUCAAAAUUUUCAGGUUCUGUAAAAAUAGCAGCACCCAAGCGCAAAACAAUCCAAGAGCUUGAUGAAGUUAUUGCCAAAUGGAAACCAAAUCUAGAAUGUGAACUGUGUGCAGUUACAUGUUCAAGUUUUAGUUUGUUGCAUCAACAUUUUACCCAAAACCAUCCCAGUGUCAUGAGUUAUAUAACUUGUUGCCAGGUCAAAUUCACUGGGCGGCAUGAUAUUGAAGAACAUAUACGAUAUCACAAUGAUCCGAAUGCUUUUAAAUGUGAUUUAUGUGAACGUUCCUUCACAAGUAGAAGAAAUUUGAAUAGACACUGCCGCGCUAAGCACAAUAGGGAAGUUAAAUAA